GCAAUUAUUAAGAGUUUUCCAAGAAGGACAUUUCUUGUGUUACCAUUUCAGUUUUAAAACUCCAAUGGAUUUUCUUUUAACCACCGUAGUCCCGACGUCCUAACACGCAUGUGCGCAAAAAAAGGGUGUAAUUUAACAAAAUACAAUCCUGGUAAACGAUGCCAACAGUAAAUUCCGCGCAGAGUACUUUGGACAAACCCAAUUCCACAACAUCCUCCUCCAGCCUGGCUGGAGCGCCGGGAGAAGCUGGAUGGAGCUGGAGCGCCGCAUCUCCUGCGCAUGGUGGCAUGCUGGGUAAUAGUCGGGAAGCGGAGCGUUAGGCACAGCCGGCGGAGUCGACGCGCUGUAGCUUAGCGACGGGCUAACCGGCCUGCCCUGGGAAUAUUUACACCCGUCUCGCGUGGUCGCGGUAUUUACUUAAAAGCCAGCUGCAACUUUUCCUGAACAUGGGAACUGGUCGCCGAGGUCCAUAAGGUGUGAGACUGCGUGAUCCUGCUGGAGGCGCCAAAUGGAGCCGGACGUGAUCCGCAUGUAUUCCUCCUCUCCUCCACCCAUGGAGGAUGGUGCUGCCGACGAGGACGAGGACGAGUUUAGUGACUUUACUGGCGUUCCCAACAGCAUCAGCUUCACGGAGUUCGACACGCCGACCACAUUCGACCAGCUGCAGGUGCUGAACGCCACGUCUCCACCUGAGUUUAUCGGGAAUGGGCGGAUCGUGGGACACAGCACUGUGAAGUCCAACGGCGCCAUUCCCAGUAGUGGGCAGUGUGAUGGUGCUCCCUGUCGGACUGUUACCAUGGAGGAGCUGAAAAAAACGGUGGAGCAUCCGCAUGGACCUUACACAAACUUUUCGGAGGUUUCUGGGAAUGCUCGGACUGGCGACAAUGCCGUUGACUGCAACGGUGGCGUGGGAGGCCUGGAAGCAAUCACAAAUGGCUUUGUGACCAUUGACACAGAGGGAUCUACCUCAUGCCAGAAACACAGGGACGCUAGUCCUUCUGUGAAUCACUAUCCCGAUCCUAUCGCCCAUAACGAUGACUUUGCAGAUUUCUCUGCUUUUUCGGAUGCUGACUUUCCCAGCCACUUUGAACAGGAGUCAGGUGGAGGUCCAGACUGUGAAAACUCGAACCUUGAAGCGAGACUUGCGGCGGACAAUAUAAAUCAGCCACACAGUGAGGGCAAGUCAGGGGCUAGCAUUGCUAGUGCAGCGGUGGAGGAUGACAAGGAAGUGUGUGUUACAGGGUUUGCCUCGCUCCAGUUUGCUGCAGAGGCUUCCGGUUCCCUUAGAAAUGGGGACUGGGGUUUCCUUGCAGGGGCUGGUCAUGAACAAACUGAUCUAGAAGCUGACAAUUCACAUCAGAACUCUAAUACUGCUGAGUCAGUUAGCACAGAGCCACUUAGUGUAGCGCAGAAUGGUUUGGAAGUCCAGGAAAAAGUGGACAACAGAGUUUCACCUGUCUUGGGAGAUGAGAGAGGGAGAGGUAGCGAGCCGAUUGAAGAGAGCGGGUCUGGGAAUGACACUGAAACAGAGACAGAAACGGAGACCUCUUUUGGUCGGCCGCUGUCCACAGACGCGCUUGAGGAAUUUGGAGACUUCAGCACGACGGGUUCCGUGCCCUCUCCUCCGCUACAGGAGGAGACGUCCACUCCUGCCGACCACAGCCAGUUGGCUGAGGACGAUGACGAGGACUUUGGGGAUUUCGGCGACUUUGGUGACGCUAGCUCCAUUGCUGGAACCGGCUUUGCUGAUUUUGACCAGAAGGGGGCAGCAGUGCAGACUUCCCCUUCGGAAUCGGUUUCCCAAGCCAAUCCAGAAACAGUGUGUGCCAACGAGGAUGACUUUGGUGACUUUGACAUACCUAAAGAUCCCAGCCACACAGAACAAGAGGACGAGGACGACGGGACGAAGGUUGCAGGUUUUCCUGUCAGCGAUAGUUUUGCAGACUUUAGCUCGGCUGCUGUUGACGGUGGUGAACCUGAAUGGCAGGCGUUCGACGAGCCGGAUUCGAGUCAGGGAGCAGGGGGCUCCUGGGCUGCGUUCGGGCAGGACCAGGACUUGGCAUCUUCUCGAAAGAGCCAAGACGACUGGUAUGAAGGCCAGGCUGGCCUUGUGCCCCCUACUGGCAGCAGUGAGGACUGCAGGAAAAACAGCGUAACGGCCUCUCUGGUCAGCCGACUGGAGAAGCUGUUCCUGGCCAGUUUUCCCGAGGCGUCUGGGCCGCAGGCGGGAGAGGUGGUGCUCCCGCUCAGGGCCAUCCUGGAGCCUCCGGGCAGAUCGGAGCAGGAGGAAGACCCCGCCGCACCCACCAGUGGGGCACUGCAGGACGUCUGGCGGCAGCUGCAGGACAUCCACAAUGCUUUCGGCCUCCGGCACCAGUGGGGCGGUUCCCAUAGCAACAAAACGCUGCUGUGCUCCCUGGGAAUCGACACGAGAAACAUAUUGUUCACGGGUCAGAAGAAGCAGCCAGUCAUUGUGCCCAUGUAUGCUGCGAGUCUGGGAAUGCUGGAGCCCACCAAGGAGCCCGUCAAGCCCGUAUCUGCUGCUGAGAUGAUCGCCUCCAUAGCACAGUCUCCCACUGUCGCCACGGAGAUGGCUACUUGCUGCACGGAUGCGGUGCAGAUGAGCGAGUCCCUCCCCCCCAUUCAGUUUGACUGGAGCAGCAGUGGCCUUACAAACCCUCUGGAUGCGAGUGGAGGCUCAUCUCUGCUGAAUCUGGACUUUUUUGGCCCGGUAGAUGAAUCCCCCUCCAGCUCUGCCACAUCCAUACCAGGAGUGGAUCCAGAGCUGUAUGAGCUAACACAGGCCAAGCUGGAGGUGAGUGGUGGGAGCAGUAGAGUGGCAGACGCCUUUGCCCGCCUUAUGUCGACAGUGGAGAAGACCAACACCUCCACCAGGAGGGCGCAGGUGCGGAAGGAGGAGAACCUCAGCGAGGAGGCGCGCUGCGUUAUCGCCGGGCUGCCUGACCUCUCCUUCAUGCAGGCCAAAGUGCUGAUGUUCCCAUCCACGCUCACACCCCUGCCGGCCUCCUCCUCUUCCUCUCCUGUCCCAGACUGAGUCCUCCUCACUACCGGCCUCCCUUCAUCUCACACGCUCGCUCGCGCUCUCUCUCUCUCUCUCUCUCUCUAUCACAUCUCUUCUUUCUGUAGUUCUGUUGCACACGAUUCUUUUCUUUUUUCUCUCCUUUUUGCUUUUGUUUGUUUAGGAGUUGAGCUGUGUGUAUGUGUGUGUGUGUGUGUAUGUGUGUGUGUGAGAGAGAGGGAGAGGAAAAAGUGGAGUAGCUCAAGCAGAACUGUGUUUGUAAAGAUGACAACAGGAAGUGUGUCUGCAGCACAGUUGGUGAGGCAAAUGUUUAUUUAUAGUGUUCAUGUGCCAGAGGUUGUUCAUAGAGAUUCAGUGUGUAUAUAAUCAGGGAUAAGACUUCUGUCUGGAUUUUCCUGUCAUAGGUAUCUUUAAAAUGUUCUUUUAAGUGUGUGUGUGUGUGUGUGUGUAAUGUCUUUUGAGGAAACACUGGUUCAAAAGUCCUUCAACGAAGGCAAAAAGUUAAGUCUAUAAUACACAUGAAGUUUCACACACACACACACACACUCACACACACACGUAUAAAUCUAUGACUUGAAACCAUACUGCCUGCAAAGUUCUGCUGGGUCAUUUUUUUCCUCAAUUAUCUAAUAAAAGGCCUUAGUUUUUAAAUUUUAACCCUUUUGGUUCUUAUGAAUUAUGAAAAUAAUCAUUGUGUAGAUUUUAUUAAGUUGCUUCCUUAGCUCUUUGUAAUGGUGAGCUAGUGUAAAUGAGCAUCGUCAUAUUUUUGUUUCUCUUUCGUUAGUUGGUUAAAUAUUCCUGACAGCGGCGACUUCUCCCCUGCUGAUGUCAUAGAUGCCAAGGUCGUCGGCCAAUGGCAAAACGGCGGCACCUCUUCAGCUCGCAGCUGCUUUCUGCUGGAGUUUCCUACUUGUAUUCGCUUUUAUUUUUUACACUGAGGGAUGCUUUUUAACCACUGACUUUGGACUGUAAUGUGAUCACGCUAGAUGAAGGACUCAACAAGAAAGGAAGUAAUAGCUGACUUAAAAUGCUUAGCGAAAUAAGGGACCAAUAUACGCGUUUAACUCUGCUGUUUUACCCAGUGCUGUCUCAUGCCGUCAGUUUGUUGCUUGAUUAUUAUUAUUUUUUUUAAUUUUUUUUUUUUGCAGUAGAGUCUUCCGGAUUCUUCCGGAAAACUCCUAAAAUUUGGGGAUAAGCUGUAGGAUAAGCGAUGCAUAAGGGGAAAUGUUGUCCUGAUACAAUCCAUUAGAGACUUCCUUCUUCUGGCAAUUUUUCCUUUUUUGUUUAGUUUGUUUUGUUUUGGUUUUUGUUUUGUGUGUUUUUCUUCUCGUUCAUUUGGUUCUACCACUGUGUGUCGUUCUGUCCCUUCAUGGGAAUUUUGCACAUUGUAAAGAUACAGUAUAAUGGAAUUGCUACUUAACGACAUAGCUGACUGUGGCUUCUGACUGUACAGUGAGACUAU